ACGUUUUGUCUUAUAAGUUGAGAGACAGCCUCACACUCUCCGCUCGCAAUGUCUGCAACUCGAUCUGGAUUUGGGGCCAAAUCAUCAACUUUCAACCAUUUUGCCUUUAAUUCUUCAUCUCUUCACCACACCAGUCUUGGAUUCUUCAACCAAAUUAUUAUUAAGGGGAUCAGGAAGGUAGGGGAGGUGUGAAGAAGAAAUGUUAGCAAUGGAGGUGAAGAACUGGUUGGUGUUGAUUGUUGCAGCCUUUGUGUUUGUUUUGGGGAUUUUGAAGAGACUAAAUGGUUGGUAUUAUGCGGCCAAGCUUGGUAAAACAUGGCCUAAGCUUCCUCCUGGUGAUAUGGGUUGGCCUCUUCUUGGUUCUACCAUAUCAUACAUCAAGAAUUUCAUCUCUGGUCAGCCAAGUAAUUUCAUUGCCAACUUUUACAUAAGAUAUGGGAAAAGAGAUAUGUACAAAACACACCUACUUGGUAGAGCAACUAUAAUUGUUUGUUCAUCUGAACUUUGUCGUCAAGUCUUAGGCGAUGAAGACAACUUCAAACCUAGUUUACCCAAGAACAUCAAUAUGCUAACCGGUAGAAAGUCACUGGUACAAGUCUUCAAGGCGGAGCACAAGCGGCUUCGGCGGUUGACGAUGGCGCCGAUCAGCGGCCACGCCGCGCUGGAGAUGUACAUCAAUCAUAUUGAACACACAGUGAUGAGUGGGUUAGAGGAAUGGGCAAGCAUGAAGAACCCAAUUGAGCUAUUGUCAGAGAUAAAGAAGCUGACCUUCAAAAUUAUUUGGAACAUUUUCAUGGGUUCUUCUUCUUUAGAGUCUUCCAUUGGAGAAAUGGAGGGUUUGUUUUCUGAAGUUGCUUUAGGGUUCAUAUCAUUGCCCAUCAACUUUCCUGGCUUCAACCUCCAUAAAGCACUCAAGGCUAGAAAGAAGUUGCUCGACAUACUUCAAUCCAUCAUCGACCAAAAGAGAUUGGUGAGGAAAAGGCAAGGAACAAGUUGGGAAGCUAAAGACAUGAUGGAUUUGCUUAUGGAAGUGAAAGAUGAAGAUGGUGAAGAGUUGGAUGAUGAAACCAUUAGAGAUUUGAUAUUUGGUAAGCUAUUUGCAGGCCAUGAAACUUCAGCUUAUACAGCAAUGUGGGCAGUUUUGUUUCUUACAAAACAUCCACAUAUUUUCCAAAGAGCCAAGGAAGAGCAAGAACUUAUCGUUGCACAAAGACCCACAACUCAAAAGGGUAUAAUUCUCUCUGAGGUUAAACGGAUGAAAUUUCUUUCUCAGAUUAUAGAUGAGACGUUACGUGUUGGUGGUGUCACAUUAAUGCUUUUUCGUGAAGCAGUAGUUGAUGUCGAAAUUAAUGGUAAGAUUAUACCAAAGGGAUGGAAAGUCAUACCUUGGUUUGGGGAGCUUUAUAUGGAUGAAAAGCUAUUUCCUUCACCACGAGAGUUCAACCCUUCAAGAUGGGAUAAUUAUGUAGCCACGCCAGGAGCUUUCAUCCCUUUUGGAUCAGGAAGCAGGUAUUGCCCCGGAAGUGAUCUUGCCAAGCUCGAAAUCUCAAUUUUUCUUCAUUAUUUUCUCCUCAAUUACAAGAUUGAACAGCUUAAUCCAAAAUGUCCGAUGACUUACAUGCCAUUUCCUCAUCCUAAAGACAAAUGCUUGGCAAGAGUGCAUAAAGUUUAAUGAAUACAUAUAUAUAAGUGUGUAUAUGUGUAUGUAA